AUGGCGGCGGCCACGGGCAGCGCGGGGCCCGCGGGCUCCUGCUUCGUGCUGGGCGCCACGGGCGAGACGGGCCGGGUGUUGCUGCGGGAGCUGCUGGCCCAGCUGCUCUUCGCCAGGGUCACGGCGAUCGGGCGGCGGAAGCUGAACUCAGGGGUGCCCUGGGGGUGCACAGGCCAUAGGGAUAGUGAGGGAUCAGGGGUGCAGGAGGGUGAGGUGGUGGUGGACUUUGAGCGGCUGAAUGAACACGCUGCCGCCUUCCAGGGCUACGACGUCGGCUUCUGUUGCCUGGGCACCACGCGGGCCAAGGCUGGCGCGGCUGGCUUCAUCCGUGUGGACCGGGACUACGUCGCCCAGGCAGCAGAGCUGGCGCGGGCUGGAGGCUGCAAGCACUUCAUCCUGCAGUCCUCCCGCGGCGCGAACGAGCACAGCGGGUUCCUCUACCUCCGUGUGAAGGGAGAAGUGGAGAACCUGGUCCAGGCUGUUGGUUUUGAUCGCUGUACCGUUCUCCGGCCGGCGUUGCUGCUGUGCGCACGCCAGGAAUCCCGGCCUGCCGAGUGGAUUGCCCAGCAGUUCUUUGGCCUUGUGGCGUGUGUGUUCCCCACCGCUUACUCGGUGCCAGUGGAGACGGUGGCAAGGGCCAUGGUGGCCUGCGUGCUGAAGCCGGGCAGGGGGAAGGUGGAGGUGCUGGAGAACAAGGCCAUCCAUGAGCUGGGAAAGGCAGAGCCACAGCAGGGCAGAGAGUAAAAGGGGAGGGCAGGAGAGCAUGACUCACCUUG